ACCACUGAUUCAAUCAAAUUUUAUUUAACAUUAGACUGUUAACAACUUGGUAUGGUUUUAAUUCAAAGAUGUCUUUGAAAACGUGUUUGAUUUUUCUUCUUCCAUUUGUUUCGUAUGCCCAAAUUCAAGAUACGAGCUACUUGUCGGUAGAUAUUCGUGUAGACAGAUUUAGCAUUGAGAUCGAAAAUACUCUGUCAGAACUCAUGAAAGAAAUUGAAAUUGAGAAACAAGAAGUUGAAAAAUUAGUUCAAGAAUACCAACCUGUCUGUGGUGACAAUAAAACGGACGUGGAUGAAUAUGAUAUUUCUAAUGAUGUUUGGAACUUAAACCAGAUAGCCAGCAGGUGUCAUGAAAGAGUAGAUCGACUAAGAAAACAAAUGAGAGGAACGGGUCUUUCCUUUCGGGCUGACGACAAAGCUCGAAUAGAGUCUGACUUAAAUGAAAUUAAAAACGCUUAUGAUGAGAUUAAAGGUGAUGUGUCUAAAACAGAAGAAAAUGGUAUUGAUGAAGAAAUAGAAAUAAUUAGACAACAUCAGUUUUAUUUUACCCACAUGGAUGAAAAUAAUCUCAAAUAUAUAUUGACAAAGUCACCAUGGAAACCAGUUCUAACUCGUCUAAGUAAUUCAAAAUUAAAGUUGAGGAUAUCCGGAUGUCAAAACUGGAUUACGAAGUGUUCUAUUCAAGACAUAGCGGCACUGGAGGAUGAAACUUUUGUGGUAACCUAUACGAAUUCGACCUAUGUUCGACGAUUUCAUUCUCGAGGGUUGCUUCUUUCUGAGUUUAAAUUUCCAUGGAAACUCGGUGGUAUAGCAACCCUCAACCAAAGUCACAUUAUUGUUGGUGUCCCAGAAAAAAAGUCCUUGAUGAUACUCGAAGUUCGUGAUGAAGGUUUCGUUGUAAAGAAUCAUAUUUUGAUGGAUGCUAAUUGCGGCAGUGACAUAGAUGUUACGGAUAAUGCGGUUAUUAUGAUCUGCACUGAUCCAAACACCAUCAGAAUAUACAACCAUAACUGGGAACCGGAAUUUGUGUUAAAAGACGCCCCAAAUACCUUAUUGAAACAAAUGCACCACCUGGAAGAAAACGGAUAUUUAGAUCAAAAUCGAACCACCCUAAAGUCUCCAAAAGGGGCUAUUUGGGAUGAGUAUAGAGGAGUUUGGUAUAUGGUAUCGACGGAUACCAACAAAGUUGAGCUUGUUAGAAACAACGGACUUGUUAAAAGAAAUCUAUUUUACGUCGGCAAACCAACUUCCAUUAUCUUGCUGCAAAGGCGACGUGAAUUGGUAAUUGGCACUAAAAGGGGGUUUAUUUACAUUGCAAAUAGUAAUUGAAUGGGAACAAACAUAAAAUAUGUUUUAUUGUAUUCCAAUAGGACCAAACAGUCUAAUCAUUUAUCAAAUGCUAAAUGUUCAGUAUAUGCCUACAGAAGGCCAAAUGAGACACAUUAAUGAUUUGUGUUUCUACAUUCCAGUCUGAACAUAAUUAUAUAUUCUCUAUACGAAAACAAUGUUUCAAAUGAUUGUCGUCUCUACAAUCUUAUGUCAAUAUUUCAUGUACAAAAUCAACAUUUUAAACAUGAAAUUGACCUUAUUGUUCAUUUUCGACGUUUAAUCGGUAACAUUUUUAAUUAUCAAGUAUUGAAAUUGAAAAACAAUUUCUUAAUUUCACAAGACAAAAAAAAAACCAGUAUAUAAGUUUUUUAAGGUAUUAAACAUUUUAAUUGAAUUUGAAGUCUUAUGAUUAUAUUUUCUACGUUUCAAAAAAUUGUACAACUUUCAUUCUUUAUACAACUUUCAUACAAACUGUAGUAGAUUAGAAAUAAAAGUAGACUUUCCAUGA